CGGAGCUGCGGUCAGGGGCGGGGGGAAGGGAGCGCUAAUUCGUGUCAGAUGGAGGGGCGCCGGGGGGCCGUGCGCUCAUUCGUCUGGCUUUUGUUCGCGGCAUCUGACUCCUGACGGCCGAGUGGACUUGGAGUUGGCGACCGCUUCAUUUCAGGGCUCCCGGGGCCGAACUUCUCCUGGGACUCCCAGACACAGGGGCCCAGGAGGCGUACCUGCCGCGCAUCGCUACCCGGGAGGGAUCGGCGCCUGCCUCGGCCUUCCUCGCCUGGCCCGACCCUUCGCGGGGGCCCGGACGGCCAUGCGGCUGCGCGCCCUGACCCCGGGGCCGCCUGGAGGGUGCGCGCGCGGGGCGCGGGCUCGCCGGCACCGGCGCCAGCCAGAAGAAGUAACUGCGAGUCUGCACAGUUUUAAGAACAAGGCCUUUAAAAAAGCCAGAGUCUGUGGGGUUUGCAAACAGAUUAUUGAAGGUCGAGGGAUUUCAUGCCGAGCCUGCAAGUAUUCCUGUCACAAGAAAUGUGAAGCCAAGGUGGUGAGUCCCCACUGUGCGCAAGUCCACCUGGAACAGGCUCCAGGGGCAUCAUCAACACCUGCUUCUCUGUGCUGUGACAAACCAUUCAGGCCUGCAGGGCUGAGCCCCGCCAUGGAGGACGGCCGCGAGCUGGAUCUCACCUACAUCACCGAGCGCAUCAUCGCCGUGUCCUUCCCCGCGGGCUGCUCCGAGGAGUCUUACCUGCACAGCCUGCAGGAGGUGACGCGCAUGCUGCGCUCCAAGCAUGGGGACAACUACUUGGUGUUAAACCUCUCGGAAAAGAGAUAUGACCUUACAAAGCUUAACCCAAAGAUUCUGGACGUGGGCUGGCCGGAGCUGCACGCACCACCCCUGGAUAAGGUGUGCACGAUCUGCAAGGCGCAGGAGGCCUGGCUGAACAGUGACCCCCAACACGUGGUCGUCAUUCACUGCAGGGGUGGAAAGGGACGCAUCGGCGUGGUCAUAUCAUCUUACAUGCACUUCACCAAUGUCUCGGCCAGUGCUGACCAGGCCCUUGACAGAUUUGCAAUGAAGAAGUUUUAUGAUGAUAAACUUGCAGCUUUAAUGCAGCCAUCCCAGAAACGGUAUGUGCAGUUUCUCAGUGGGCUCCUGUCAGGAACGGUGAAGAUGAAUGCUUCGCCCCUGUUCCUGCAUUUCGUCAUCCUGCACGGAACCCCCAACUUUGACUCGGGUGGAGUGUGCCGGCCCUUUCUGAAGCUCUACCAGGCCAUGCAGCCCGUGUACACAUCGGGGAUCUACAAUGUUGGCCCAGAAAACCAAAGCAGGAUCUACAUCGCCAUCGAGCCGGCCCAGCUCCUGAAAGGGGACAUCAUGGUGAAGUGCUACCACAAGAAGUACCGCUCGGCCACCCGCGACGUCAUUUUCCGCCUGCAGUUUCACACGGGCGCUGUUCAGGGCUACAGACUUGUGUUUGCGAAGGAGGAUUUGGACAACGCCAGCAAAGAUGACCGUUUUCCUGAUAACGGGAAGAUUGAGUUAGUCUUCUCAGCCACUCCUGAGAAGAUUCAAGGAUGUGAACAUUUGCAGAAUGACCACAGGGUGAUUGUGGACUUCAACACAGCAGACCCGCUAAUCCGCUGGGACUCAUACGAGAACCUGAGUGCAGAUGGUGAAGUGCUGCACACGCAGGGCCCCGUGGACGGCAGUCUUUACGCCAAGGUGAGAAAGAAGAGCGCCUCAGAUCCUAGUGUCCCAGGUGGGUCUCCCGCCGUCCCGGCCGCCAGCAGCCCAGACCACAGCGACCACACCUUGUCUGUCAGCAGUGACUCGGGCCACUCCACAGCCUCGGUGAGGACCGACAGGACCGAGGAGCACCUGACUCCAGGACCCAAGAGGGGCCUGAGCCCCCAGGAGAAGGCCGAGCUGGAUCAGUUGCUCAGUGGCUUUGGCCUUGAGGAUUCUGGAAGCCCCCUCAAGGAUAUGAGUGAUGCUCGCAGCAAGUACAGCGGGACCCGCCACGUUGUACCGGCCCAGGUCCACGUGAACGGAGACACCACCCCCAAGGACCGAGAGACGGACAUCCUGGAUGACGAGAUGCCCAGCCACGACCUGCACAGUGUGGACAGCAUUGGGACCCUGUCCUCCUCGGAGGGCCACCAGUCAGCCCACCUGAGCCCCUUCACCUGCCACCAGAGCAGCCAGAACUCCCUUCUGUCUGAUGGAUUCAGCAGCACCGCUGGCGAAGAUCAGCAUGGCGCUCUGGCCCCGGAUCUGGGGCUCGCCGCGGAGCCCCUGUUCGAGCGAGAGCGGGCUUUCGGGAGCCGCGAGCCCAAGCAGCCACAACCUGUGCUCAGGAAGCCCUCCGUGCCCACCCAGACACAGGCCUAUGGGCCGAGCAGCUACUCCACGCAGACCUGGGUGCGCCAGCAGCAGAUGGUGGCCGCUCACCAGUACAGCUUUGCCCCUGACGGGGAGGCCAGGCUCAGCGGCCGUGGUGCAACCGACAGUUCCGGCAUGCUGCAGACACAGCCUAGGGUCCCACUCACCCCCACUCGGGGGGCCAGCAGCAGAGUGGCCGUCCAGAGGGGCAUAGGCCCUGGGCCACAUCCUCCCGAUAUACAGAGACCCCCUCCCGGCAAAGCAGCCUUCAAACCCAGGAUUCCAGAUGUCAAAGUCGUGAAUGGUACUGGCCCGGAGCUGGGCGCAGACCCGUCCCCGGGCUCACCCACCCUGGACAUCGACCAAUCCAUUGAACAGCUCAACAGGCUGAUCUUGGAGCUGGACCCCACGUUUGAGCCCAUCCCCACCCACAUGAACAUGUCGGGCAGCCAGGCCAAUGGCCCCAUGCCCCCAGAAGUCAUGGGAGGCGGGCUGCGGGCAGGUGGCCGCCUGCAGGACACAGAAGGCCCUGGCAGGGCCCCAGUGAGGCAAGGGGAUGAGCCACUCGGGGGAAGAUUCCGGAAGCUGAGCCUUGAGCAGUAUGAUAAUGAAGCUGGGGAGCAGCCCACCUUCUCCAAAUGCAGCUGGGGAAAGACCACCAGUUCAGAACAGACUCCAGGCCUGGUGCCUUUUCUCUCCCCAGACAACGCCAAGGAGGCAGUGAUCACCACGUAUCCCCCAGACCUGGAUGUGAUCGAUGGCAGGAUCUUCUCUCCAACCAACAGUGGCAGUGAGUCCAUCUCUCCCACCCCUGCAUUUCCUGUGUCUCCAGAAACGCCAUAUGGGAUAACAAGCCCACGUUACUCUCCGUUCAGCCCAUCCGCUCCACAGAUGGGCAGCCCCAGCGCUCUGUAUAAAGGAGCUCAUGAACCCCGAGGCUGCCCUGAGAUUCUCAGUCAUUCUGUGGGGAUGUCAGAGAGCCCUGUUGGACCCAAACCCACGAUGCUCCGGGCCGACAUGCCCACGGCGCCCUCCUUCCAGCGGGCAUUCACAUCCUCCUGCACCAUUUCCGGCAACAGCCCCAGCCAGCGGAGAGGGAGCCCUUCCUCAGCUGAGCACCAGUGGGUGGAGACCAGCCCCAAGUCCACGCUGACCCUCCUGGGGGGCAGCCGGCCUGGCAAGGAUGGCCCCGUGCGGCCCCACUUCCCGCCUGCCGACCUCCAGACAUCCUUCCACGGCCCCGAGCUGUCCAUGGCGGAGCCGCCGGAAGCUCUGGGUCCCCCGAGCAGCCAGGCCUUCCUGAGCUUCAGCACUGCCCCCAUGGCGGGAGGUGGGCUCCCCGCCGGGGAGGACCCUGGGGCCUUGUUGGCCAAUUCCCACGGAGCAGCCCAGGCCCCCAGCAACUCACUGACAGCAGCUGAGGCUGCCGACAACAGCUUCCUGUCCCACGGCUUUGUCACGGUGGCGCCUGGACACAGCGGCCACCACAGCCCGGUCCUGCAGGGCCCGGGACUGGCUCUGCCCGGGCAGCCGCCCCUUCCUGAAAAGAAGAGGACCUCAGAGGGAGAUCGGUCUUUUGGCUCCGUCUCGCCAUCCUCCAGCGGCUUCUCCAGUCCUCACAGCGGGAGUACCAUGAGCAUCCCUUUUCCAAACAUCAUCCCGGACUUUUCCAAGGCUGCCGAGGGGGCAGCACCUUUCCCAGAUAAUCCAGGUGAUAAGCACGUGUCUGUGAACUUUGUUCAGGACACAUCCAAGUUCUGGUACAAGGCGGACAUCUCCAGAGAGCAAGCCAUCGCCAUGCUGAAGGACAAGGAGCCCGGGUCCUUCAUCGUCAGGGACAGCCACUCCUUCCGAGGCGCCUACGGCCUGGCCAUGAAGGUGGCCACACCGCCGCCCUCUGUGCUGCAGAUGAACAAGAAAGCUGGAGAUUUGGCCAAUGAGCUUGUUCGGCAUUUUUUGAUUGAGUGUACCCCAAAAGGAGUGCGGUUGAAAGGGUGCUCCAAUGAACCAUAUUUCGGGAGCCUGACGGCUUUGGUGUGUCAGCAUUCCAUUACGCCCUUGGCUUUGCCCUGCAAACUGCUCAUUCCGGAUAGAGAUCCGUUGGAGGAAAUAGCCGAAAAUCCUCAGCAAACGGCGGCCAACUCUGCGGCCGAGCUGCUGAAGCAAGGGGCAGCCUGCAAUGUGUGGUACCUGAACUCCGUGGAGAUGGAGUCCCUCACGGGCCACCAAGCCAUCCAGAAGGCCCUGAGCAUGACCCUAGUCCAGGAGCCGCCUCCCUUGUCCACAGUCGUGCACUUCAAGGUGUCGGCCCAGGGCAUCACCCUGACGGACAACCAGAGGAAGCUCUUCUUCCGGAGACACUACCCCGUGAGCAGCGUGAUCUUCUGUGCGCUGGAUCCACAGGACAGAAAGUGGGUCACAGACGGCCCUUGCUCGAGAGUCUUUGGAUUUGUGGCCCGGAAGCAGGGCAGCGCCACGGACAACGUAUGCCACCUGUUUGCAGAGCACGACCCCGAGCAGCCGGCCAGCGCCAUCGUCAACUUCGUGUCAAAGGUCAUGAUCGGCUCCCCUAAGAAGAUCUGAGCCCUCACAGCCCAGAGACUCCAGAGGGGCUGACGUGACCUUGGUAGUCCAGCACCAGGAGGGAAAGGGGCUCCUCCGACUGUUCAAACACGAGAACAAACAACCUUGCCGCCUGUGGCCUCAGUUGAGGGGCGCAGCUCAUGGAUGCAUUUCUGUAGCCCAGUGCUUUCUGGGCAGAGGAAGUUGGACAUCAGGUGCACCCAUCCAGUCACCGCUUGGGAAAGAACAAUUCAAGGAGAUGUGGGGACCCCUGUUCCUCACACUCUGGUGUUUAUGGGAAGGAGGGGAGCCCAGCCCGCUCCCCGUGACCCUGAGUGCCUCAUCACUGCCAUGUCAGAGCACUCCUGGCCAGUGGACAUGCCAGGGCCUCUGUCCUCCCACAAUGGAGAUAUUGAUUAACCUGAGAAGGGGAUGCAUGUUGGUUGAAGGUUCGUGCAGGUCAGGCCCUCCUGGAGCACUAUGGCAUCGUGGGCGAGGGGAAGAUGUGAUGGGCGGUGAGGACAAGAAAGGUCACAUUGGUCACGGUGAGGCUGGAGUCCAAGCGUGGGGACAGUUCCCCAUCUCCGCUCACAUACCAGGUCUGAAUGGUGCACUGGGCCGUGAGAGGAAAGUGAGAAGAUAGGAGGAAAGCCUCAUUUCCAUAUAAUUUAUAUUUUACUUGUGCCACGUUAUUUAUGAUAAUAGUUUGCCAUUGUUAUGCUGUACUGGUGUCUACAUGCUGCCGUCUGCCAAGGUCAGGGUUCUAAGACGAGGUCUACCCCCGGUCAGGUGUACCAGGAGUGCAGAGUGGACUCUUUUGGCCAUGCUCUCAGCUGUCAUUGCCCGAGGGCGGCUGCCAAAACUGGCUUUGCCUCAAGCAGCCUUCCGAAUGCUUGACCAUCCAUAUUUGGUUUCCACAAGCAGCCUUUCGAGUGCUUGACCAUCCACAUGUGGUUUCCUGGCUGCAGAUACAGCCUUUCUGGGGAGGAAGGUCUUGAGGGGUGGGACACGAUUAGUUUGAGACUCAGGCCUGCUCUGCAUCGCUGUCCUCGGCCGUCGGGGCCUGGGAAAGAUCACCGCGCUAGAACCGUUCACCUGCAGGAGUGCUCAUCUGUCUCCACCCUACCUGUUGUCUCCCAUUGGGAUCCAUGUAUUCUGGCACCUGAGCAAGGGGAGGUGUUCUAACACUGUUUCCCAGCUCUUCUGCAUCAUCUUAGGCACCAAAUCAGACAAGCUGUUUAUGCCGAUGUGCAUGUUGCUAAGCGGAGGUCUGUCCACCUGAAUUUGUCAGUGGUCAGAGGUUUGGGAGAAGCCAGUGGUCCUGCAGGCUCCCCAGAGCAAGAGACAGAGCUGCACAACAUCGUCAUAAAGCCCCCGUCUCCUUCCCCAUCGCCCCAGACGUUCACGCCGCAGCUCUCCAUCCCUGGAGAACUGUCCAUCUCCUCCGCUUCCCAAAUCAAGCACCAGCUCUUCAAACACCAGGAAUCACCGCAGCAGUCAUCACGCUAGUGUUUGGAAAUGUGCUCUGUGGAUUCUUUGUUUCUCAAGUGGGGCAGAGACAGUCAGCGACAGCAGAGGUGGGAUCCACCGAAUCCAGUGGGCACCAUUUGUGUGUGUGAGUGUGUGUGUGUGUGAAAGCAGGUGGGUGAGUCCACUGUUUAGCUCCUAGUGAUGCACCAACACAAGUGCCUCGUUUUUGUGCCAAAUGUUUGCCUUGGUCCUUGUGGACCCUCUUCUCUGACGCAUGGCGGCAUGGCCAAGGAAAACGUGCCGGCAUCUCCCAGAGGCCUGAUGCCUUGGUUGCUGGGGUGGGGGCGUCUAGCAUUUCAGUUUUUCAUUUACAGCAGAACUCGGUGAAGAGGAGCAGAGGUUUGUACUGGCCCCCGAAGGGGCCUCCUCCUGAGAUGCUGGUCCACAAGUUUGACCCAGAGGCUGCAAGCCAGGUCCCUUAUCCUUCUGACAGAGGAAGAAAGGGCUCAUGAGGGGUUCCGGACUUAGUAGCAUCAACUUCCCCAAUCACAGAGGGACCUUCUCCCGCCCCUGGCUGUCCUCGUCCAGAUCACGCAAGCCAUGACAUUUGGUUUUUAAACUGACUGGCAGCUGAGCCUUUUACUCUCAGUGGUCAAGGAAGUUUCCUCCCAGCAACUGGCUCCCUCUGGAGUAAGGAAUGAAAGGAAUCGAGUUUCCUGGUUUCUGAGGAGCUGGUACAACAGUGUGUUACAUAUGCAUAAAAUGGAACAAGACGAGUCCAUGAACUUUGUGCUCAGACCUUGGGCAGCCCCACCACCAACACUGGCUCUAGGCAGACAGGGAAGGAACAUCCCCAGGCAUCUGGGGUGCCCAUGGGCACAGGGGUACUGUCCUGGAUUGUGCACAAGGACUGCACCCCACUAGCAUCAUAGCCUCAUAGCCAGAGCCUGUUAACCUGCUCAUUAACCUAUGCUGUAUUCCUCCAGUGUUAACCUGUAAACGUAUUAAGUCACAUUGCAUUUAAGGGUCUCCGUGUGUAUUCUUGGCAUCAGAGACCUCAUUGUCUCCUUCUCUGCCUUACCUAGUAGUGGAUAUUUUUACUUUUCUUAUAUUGUAAAGAAUAUAUCCAGUAUGUAAAUGAAUGUUCUAUAAAUCCUUUGUAUAGUCAUUUUCUCUGCUCUUUAAAUAUCACCUCUAUUCAAAGUAUAAUAAAAGUAUAAACUUGAUAAGCCUCA